UUUUUUUUCCUUAUUGGAUUUAGUUGUCUUUCCAUGGUUUGGAGUUUUUCUUUGUUUGGACUUUUUGUUUUAUGGAGUUUUAGAAACUACCAAAUUUAUGCAUCUUGAUCAUCUCCAUUGGGAAGAUGUAAUGAAAUAUCUCAAAAGUAAUUAGUAAAAUAUUAGUUGAGUAUUUUUCCUACUUUAAAUUUGGGAACCCAAACUAAAAAAAAGUCCAAUAAAAGAUAUCUAUCUACUUUCAUAUUUUAUAAUUCAAACGUUGAUAUGAUUAUGAUGGUAAAGAUAUAUACAUCUAUCAUUAUGAUGAUGAUAAUGGUACCAAUUCAUUAGGGUCUAAAUAGUAACUCCGUUGGUGCUAAUGUGUAUAUUCCAUGAAUUUCGGUUAGCUUUCUCAGUUAAAUAGUUGACUCUCAAUAGAUACUUGAUGUCAUGUGCGCUCGCUUGUAAAACGCCUAUAAAUACACUGCAUGGCCUCAUAGUAACUUCAUUCACCACCUUUUCUAACCACUCGCUCGCUCGCUUCUUUCAUUCUUCGUUCAAAUCUUCUCACGAGAAAAUCGCCACGCAGCAAAGAAGGACGAUGGAGAUGUUCGUGUUGAAGAGCUCCGACGAUGAAUCCUUUGAAGUGGACGAAGCGGUGGUACUUCAGUCGCAGCUCUUGUCGAAUCUUUUUGAAGACUGCAGCGGCGCUCGUGAAUGCAAGAUUGAAGAAGUCACAGGCCAAGUCCUCUCGAAGGUGGUCGAGUACUGCAAGAACCACGUCGUCGACGGUGGUGGUUCGUCUUCCUCCUCCUCCUCCUCCGCCGCCGGUGAGGCUCUCAAGAAGUGGGACGAUAAGUUCAUCACGCGAAUGGAUCUGUCCAUGGUCCUUGACCUCAUCAUGACUUCGAACUACCUAAACAUCAAAGGUCUUUUUGAUCUCACGUGCCAGAGAGUCGCUGAUGAGAUCGCAGCUUGCAAAGACCAUAAGGAGAUUCGCGCAAAGUUCGGCAUCGUGAGUGACUACACAGCGGAGGAGGAAGCAGAGGUUCUCAAGGAGAACGAGUGAGAGGGUUAAUCUAAACUACGAUAAACAUCGCUUUCUUGUUUUGAAUUUUGUGGAUAUGAACCGUAUCAUGUAAAGUCUUUGGUUUCUGAAGCGAUCCGUUCUUGAUUCUAUGAACUGAGUAUUCAACUCCUUUAUGCU